CAAUCUCUCCACGCCUGCUCCCGAGUCAUCCUAUCAGGAGCGGCAGGGUGCGCUGCGGGCUCCCGGUCGGGGGGCGGGGCCGGCGCUAGUGGUUCCGGUUCGGCCCCCGCCGCCCCUGGGGCUCCUCGCCUUCCCCCUCCCCUCCGCCUCCUCGCCUCCCGCCCGCCGGCUCCUGGGAAAGCCGAGCUGCCGCAGCGGGUGGGAGCGAGCGGCUCUGGGCGCCUCCGGGACGAGACCGCGCCCGCCCCCACGGAGCCCCGGAGCGCGGCCGCACCAGGUUACAAAAUGUCCUCCUAUGCUUGAGAUCUACAGACUUCAUGUCCUACAAGAAAUUACCAAUGGUUUUUCAUCUACUGGAGAUAUAUUAGAAACAUAAAUAUGGUGCCAAAAGAACUCCUUAUGUUUCCCUGACUACGAUUUAUUUGGAGAUGCAUUUGUAUUGAAGAGAGGUAUACACACUAAGGCUACUUGUUGUACAGAGACUUGUGUAGGAUCAUGGACCAUCCUAGUAGGGAAAAGGAUGAGAGACAACGGACGACUAAACCCAUGGCACAAAGGAGUGCACACUGCUCCCGACCAGCGGGCUCCUCAGCAUCCUCUGGGGUUCUUAUGGUGGGACCCAACUUCAGGGUUGGCAAGAAGAUAGGGUGUGGGAACUUCGGAGAACUCAGAUUAGGUAAAAAUCUUUACACCAAUGAAUAUGUAGCAAUCAAACUGGAACCAAUAAAAUCACGUGCUCCACAGCUUCAUUUAGAGUACAGGUUUUACAAACAGCUUGGCAGUACUGGUGAGGGUCUCCCACAGGUUUAUUACUUUGGACCAUGUGGGAAGUACAAUGCCAUGGUGCUGGAGCUGCUUGGCCCUAGCUUGGAGGACUUAUUUGACCUCUGUGACCGAACAUUUACUUUGAAGACGGUGUUGAUGAUAGCCAUCCAGUUGCUUUCUCGAAUGGAAUAUGUGCACUCGAAGAAUCUCAUUUACCGAGAUGUCAAGCCAGAGAAUUUCUUAAUUGGCCGACAAGGCAAUAAGAAAGAGCAUGUUAUACACAUUAUAGACUUUGGACUGGCCAAGGAAUAUAUUGACCCUGAAACCAAAAAACACAUACCUUACAGGGAGCACAAAAGCUUAACUGGAACUGCAAGAUACAUGUCUAUCAACACGCAUCUUGGCAAAGAGCAAAGCCGUCGCGAUGAUUUGGAAGCUCUAGGCCAUAUGUUCAUGUAUUUCCUUCGAGGCAGCCUGCCCUGGCAAGGACUCAAGGCUGAUACAUUAAAAGAGAGGUAUCAAAAAAUCGGCGACACCAAAAGGAACACUCCUAUUGAAGCUCUGUGUGAGAACUUUCCAGAGGAGAUGGCCACCUACCUUCGAUACGUCAGACGGUUAGACUUCUUUGAAAAACCUGACUAUGAGUAUUUACGGACCCUCUUCACAGACCUCUUUGAAAGAAAAGGCUACACCUUUGACUACGCCUAUGAUUGGGUUGGGAGGCCUAUUCCUACUCCAGUAGGGUCAGUUCAUGUAGAUUCUGGUGCAUCUGCAAUAACUCGAGAAAGCCACACACACAGGGAUCGGCCAUCGCAACAGCAGCCUCUUCGUAAUCAGACUGCAUCGUCAGAGCGCCGAGGAGAGUGGGAAGUCCAGCCAAGCCGGCAGACCAAUACCUCAUACCUGACGUCUCACUUGGCUGCAGACCGCCAUGGGGGAUCGGUGCAGGUGGUUAGUUCAACCAAUGGAGAGCUGAAUGUCGAUGACCCCACAGGAGCCCACUCCAACGCGCCAAUCACAGCUCAUGCCGAGGUGGAGGUGGUGGAAGAAGCUAAGUGCUGCUGUUUCUUUAAGAGGAAAAGGAAGAAGACUGCUCAGCGCCACAAGUGACCAGUGCCUCCCAGGAGUCCUCAGGCCCUGGGGACUCUGACUCUAUUGAACCUGCAGCUCCUGCCAUUUCUCAUUGGAAGGGACUCCUCUGUGGGGGAGGGUAGAGAUCCAAACCAAAAAGAAGAAAGCAGAUGCCCCCAGCAGGAGCCCAUGUGGGGCCCAGUGGGUCAGGGGCUGUCCGGCCUGCGGAAGGCUCUGAGCAGGUCCCAGAGCUGCUGCUCCUCCAUGACUUGCCCUUGGGGCCACCUGGUCGACCCUCCUUCCCAUUGUUUACAGUGAAGGUGUCAUUCACAAAAACUCAAGGACUACUGUUCUCUUCCCUCCUCUUAGUUUACUCCUGGGUCUUGCCCCUGCCCUUAGCCCUCCCAGCAUAAAAGCUAUGAAACUAAAGGCUUUGCCUGUGGAAGCGCAAAGGGCUGGGGUGAAGGAAGGCCCAGAAAGUAAGAGGAAGAAGCAGACCUGGGCUGGGGAGGACAUUCUCCACCCCCAAGUGUGUCUGGCAGUACGGCUUCCUCUUCCCAAUGGCCUGCCAGCCUCCAGCAGGCUCAGGCUCCGCCUCCCUCCCUCCUGUGAAGUUACACUGUAGGACGCCAGCCGUAAGAAAUCCUGAGUCUACUGUCCCUUGUUGGCGUUCUUAGCUUUCUUGACAAAGCAGAUGCUUUCCUCCAGGUGGUAGCAGGACAAUGCAGAUUGUUCUGAAGCAAAAGGAAAGAAAACUGACUUUAUUGCA